AAAUCUAUAAGACCAAAACCCCAAAAGUAUCGCAGGUGAACCUUAGAUCCUAACGUGGGGGAAAGAAACAGAGAAGAAAGGGGAAGGGAGAAGUCUGAACAAUGCCUUCCCGAAGAAGAGCGCUUCUGAAGGUCAUAAUCCUCGGUGACAGCGGGGUUGGAAAGACCUCCUUGAUGAAUCAAUAUGUCAACAAGAAGUUUAGCAAUCAAUACAAAGCAACCAUUGGGGCUGACUUUCUAACAAAGGAAGUGCAGUUUGAAGAUAGGCUCUUCACCUUACAGAUAUGGGAUACUGCUGGACAAGAAAGAUUCCAAAGCUUGGGCGUUGCUUUCUACCGUGGCGCAGACUGUUGUGUUCUUGUAUAUGAUGUUAAUGUGAUGAAGUCAUUUGAAAAUCUGAACAAUUGGAGGGAGGAAUUUCUUAUUCAGGCAAGCCCUUCGGACCCAGAAAAUUUCCCGUUUAUUGUUUUGGGAAACAAGGUUGAUGUGGAUGGUGGAAACAGCAGAGUGGUUUCAGAGAAAAAGGCUCGAGCUUGGUGUGCCUCAAAAGGGAAUAUUCCAUACUUUGAAACAUCUGCAAAGGAGGGCAUUAACGUAGAAGAAGCUUUCCAAGUCAUAGCAAAGAAUGCCCUGAAAAGCGGGGAGGAGGAAGAGAUAUACCUGCCGGACACCAUUGAUGUUGCAAGUGGGAGUCAGCAGAGAUCAACAGGAUGCGAGUGCUAGAUAUAUUGCUCUGAUCGUUAGCAAAUAAUGUACUGUUUGUGCAGGAAAUAAACCAGUCUCUUAGUGAUUGCUUGGAUUUGAUUGUUUGAUGGCUCUGUGAAUUCUUGUUUACUUUAAAAGGCACCACUUAGGGCUAUUAUAUUGAGUAUUUAUUCUGUUUUUAAGAAAAUGCAUAUGGAAAAACUGUGGAGACAACAUCCAUGAUUCCCCCCAAAUAUAGAUACAACUUGAUUCAAAUGACCAGUCCAACAGAAGCUGAUACA